AUGGAGGAGAGUCAGGGAAAGCGCCCAGUCCUUCCGUCCCAGGACACCCUGCCCCGUCGCACUUCCCCCUCUUGGUUUCGCGCAAGUGAAAAGCAAAACUUUCUGAGCCCUGCGGUCUGGGAGCCGCGAGGGGCGGCGCGCGCGUGCGGGCGUGCAAGGGGCCGAGGCUGGAGAGGAAGCGGCGGUCCUGGCAAGGAGGAAGGAGCCUCCCCACCGGCUCGGCCCCCUGCCCGUUUGCCACCGCCUCCCGCUGCCGCUAGCGCCGCAGUCACGGGCGCAGCAGGCGGCACGAUGCAGGGCGGGGGUCCCUGGGGCGCUUCUGUCCCCGGCCGGAGCCACGGCGGCGCAGACAGUGGGCAUGGCUCGCCAUCUGAAGCAGCCCCUCCGAGGCGACGGCUGACUCGGAGACCAGGCUACAUGAGAAGCACAGCCGGCCCUGGGAUCGGGUUCCCCUCUCCAGCAGUGGGCAUGCCAUGCCAGAUCUCAUCAGGGCCGACAGGCCAGGAGUCCCACUACUCACAGCCCAAGGCUGGACAGUGUGGCCCCAGCCCCAGCGGGUGCUGUCAGGUGGUGGGCAGCCCUUUGCUCAAGAGCUCGCUUGUCCCCGCUGUGGCCUCUGUGGGUCACCUGCACCCAGCCCAGAACUCUAUGAAAGAAACAUCAGUGUACUUUGGGGUUCAUUCCAGAAAUGGCAACAAGCUACCUGAGAAGCUGACCAGGCCAUGUAGGCCUGGGGGCAGUGGAUGUUGUCAAGACAUUUUAUCUUCGGACAGCUCUAAGUCCCUGGCCUCCAGCCUUGGUGUAGCCUGGAACAAGGGAUCAAAGGGCCUGGAGACUGUGAAACCUCUGGCAGCACCAGAGCUGAAUGGCCCGGCUGAUAUCCCAGCUCUUCCUGGCUCCCAAGACACCUUUACUUCCUGCUUCAGCUUCAUCCGACUCUCCCUCGGUGUUGCUGGGGAACGUGGAGAAGCAGAAGGUUGCCUACCAUCCAGAGACACUGAGUCCCUUCAUCAGAGCCCUCAAGAGAUGGCGGCUGAAGCGUCCAGCUCAGACAGAUCCCGUGAGGACCCUCGACGUCUCUGGACCUUCAAUCUUCAAGCUACCCCAGGCUCUGUGGACUUGGAUCAGGUCACAGGGAGCGACAGCAAGCCAGAAUGUGGCAUAGUCUCUUCCUUGGACACUGGCUUCUCUUCCCAGGUUUCAUCUUCAGCUGGUGGGUGGGGCUGCCAGGGCAAUGGCUGGGCAGGUACCCGAGGAUGGGAUGCUUUGCUCAGCGAAUGGGAGCCCAGGCUACAGGACCAUCUACUGAUCAACUGCAGGCAGCUGGAGGUCACUUCCUUAAGUUUAAAGCUUCAGACACUUCAAGAAAAAGCGAUUGAGGCUGGUGAUUACGAUAAGGCAGAGACACUGAGACAGAGACUGGAAGACCUGGAAGAGGAGAAAGGCCGCCUGCCCUGGGUUCUGCCUUCACAACAACCGGCUCUUGGCAGGUUCUUGGGCUACCUGGCAGCACAGACCCGGAUGGCCUUGUAUGGAGCCACCCAAAGGUCUGGCAGCGAUGACUCAGAGGCUCCACAUGAAGGAGAGCCUAGGACCACUGCCCAAGGUGGCCUACCUGCAUCCAUCACCAGGCGGGACUGGCUCAUUCGAGAGAAACAGCAAUUGCAGAAGGAAAUGGAAGCUCUCCAGUCAAGGAUGUCUGCGCUGGAAGUGAAAGAGCAACAGCUGAGCCGAGAGCUGGAGGAGCAGGAGACGCUGCUCCAGUGGCAGGGCUGUGACUUGAUGCCACUGGUGGCCCAGCUCUCUCCAGGCCAGCUGCAGGAAAUCAGCAAGGCCUUGGGAGAGACGCUGACCUCUGCCGCCCAGGCUCCUCUCCGCGUGGAGCCGCCUGAAGCCCUCAGGAGCCUCCAGGAAAAGACAAAAUCACUGAACAUGGCCAUUAGAGACAUCACCACUCAGGUGUGUUCAGGUGAGAGACUGUGCAGCUCUCUGAGGAGGAGACUCAAUGACCUUGACACCAGGCUGCCUCAAUUGCUGGAAGCUAAGAUGCUGGCCAUAUCAGGAAGCCACUUCUGUACAGCCAAGGAGCUCUCGGAGGAGAUUCGGGCUCUGUCAUCAGAACGAGAAGGGCUAGAAUCUCUCUUGGGCAGGCUGCUGGCCCUCAGCUCCAGGAGUAUCAGAAGGCUGGGCAGUAUAAAAGAGGACUAUGCCAGGUGCAGCCAGGACCUGGCCCUCCAGGAAGCCGCCCACAAAGCCAGUGUGAAGGCAGCCGCUGUGAAGUGCAUGGACAUGCUGCAGGGCUGGCUGCGCAGCUGCAGGUGCCCGCUGCUUGCUAGAGUGUGGGAAGCCGACUUGGAGGCCUGUCAGCUUCUGGUGCAGAGCCUGUGGCUCCAGGAAGCAGGCAGUGGUCCGCAUGCAGAAGAUGAGAAGCAGGUGGACAGCGUAGGAGAGGCCACCUGGACAGCCUCCCUGGCUGUCCACCCAAGACCCCACCCCGAAGAGGAGAAAACCCCCUCGCAAGAGUCCUGUGAGAGGAACACUCACUCAGCCCCUUUACCACACGGUGCUGGAGGCCAACAGAAGGAGGAAUCUCACAUCAUUUCCGCUGAAGUUGGAGAAAAAUGUGAAGUCAUAGGCGUGAGGCUCCUGCACCUCGAAGAUCAACUUCACAGAGCCAUCCACAGUCCCGAUGAAGCUCUCUUUCAGUCUCUCCAGGGGGAGCUCCAGAUGGUGAAGGAAACACUGCAGGCCAUGAUCCUGCAGCUCCAGCCAACAAAGGAGACAGGAGGAGAGGCCACGGCUUCCCAUUCCACAGCUGGUGUUCAGGAGGCACAGGCCUGA